AUGUGCCAGAGUAAAAUAGGAUGUGUGACCUCCACAUCAUCAACAUCAAUCAGCCACAAACUAACUGGCCUUCAAGACUUGCAUAAUUGUGUUGAUGGGUUGCUUCAGUUGCCCCUCACUCAACAAGCCUUGGCUCAAGAGCAUAAUGAGAAAUCGACUAAUGAGCUAUUAGAUGGUUCUCUCAGGCUUUUGGAUGUUUGUAGCAGUGCCAAGGAUGCCCUUUUGCAAUCCAAGGAAUGCGUACAGGACCUUCAAUCGAUCAUGCGAAGAACACGAAGAGGUGAAUCUGGAGCACUCACAACUGAGGUCAGGAAGUACUUGACCUCAAGGACGAUGGUGAAGAAGGCAAUCCACAAGGCUAUGGUAAAUCUCAAGGGAUCCAGUUUCUCAUCCCUCAGCAAGGACAAUGAGACUAUUGCCGUUGUUAGAACGUUGAGAGAUAUCAAGGCAGUCACUCUCUCAGUGUUUGAAUCACUCAUGUCCUUCAUCUCUGGUCCAAAUUCAAAGUCUUCUGUUCUAUCUUCUCACAAUGCACGAAGAAGAAAUGGCUUUCCACACACGCUCUAA